AAGGCGGAUAUACGUUAAUUUUAUGGUAAACAAGUCUCGUUUUAUUUUUUUUCAUUUAUUUAUUAUUUUAUUUAACUUUUCUAUAAUUAAUUUGUAUUUGUUAACUUGAAAUAAACUUAAAAUAAAAAUUAACUUGAAAUAAGUCGAACAAAAAAAGAUAAUCGACAGAUGAUGUAUAAUUACGGAGUAUUAAUUUGAAUAAAAUUCAACUUCGCUUUUUCCCUUUUUGCCCCCACCACAACACAGCAGCAGUCAGCCCCUCCUUUCUUCUUUCUUCUUUCUUCUUCCUUGUUCCCUUUUCCCUCUUCUUCGUCAUUACCAGAUAAGCUUCCCCCAAAACUUUCUCUCUCCUCAAAAACUCCCACCUUUUUUCUCCCUAACCCCACCUCUCCACCUGUAACACCGAUUUUCCCUCUAACUUCACCAUUAUCCAAUUACCUCGAUUUUAGCACUUUUUCCCCAAUAUAUCUAGGGUUUUUAAUUUUUUUUUCUAAAAUUAAAUUCAAUUCCAAUUUUGGGUUUUUCUUUCUUUUUUUUUUUUUUUUUUGAAUUUUCAAUAUGAUGAGAAGACAAGAUCAUCAACACCACCAUCAUCAACCUCAAUCUAGGGUUUUAUACGAAUUAUCUUCACUCGUACUCAACAUCCUACGAUCCCCUCCAUCACCAUCAUCGCUCAAUUUCUCCGACCAUAAUCUCUACUCUGCGCCGCCGUCGUCUUCGUCGUCGGCGCCGGCGGUUAGGGUUCCUCCACAGAUAACGCCGGCGGGUUUUGCGUCGUUGAUGUUAGGAAUUUCUCUGGCUUUGAUGCUCUGUGGAUCGGUCACCUUCUUCAUUGGUUUCAUGUUGUUACCUUGGGUUAUUGGGCUUGUUAUGGUCUUCUAUUUUGUGGGUUUGGUUACCAGUAUUUCGGUUUUGGGUCGGACUUUUCUCUGUUACGCCACCUCUGCUCCGCCUUCUUCUCCGUCUUCCCCUCGGAAGGAUAUUCCUGGAUUUAUAUUUCACGGCGUUUGGAUUAAUUUGGAGUAUUCGGCUAAGUUGGGCUAUAUUUGGACCUUUGAUGAGACUUUGUCAUUGGUGGGAUCCGUAUUUAUGUAGGAAAUUUAUGUUCGUUACGGAUUAUUCUAGAGUUGGUUAGAUUUGAGAAUGAUCAUGAUUCGAAAAUGGUUGAAUUUGUGUGUAUAUGAAUUGCAUUUUGUUGGUUUAAUGUGAUUGCCUGAUUGGUAGUCCUUUUAAGUGAUGGUUAACACGUGUGUUCCUGCUUAUGGUGGUGAAGAAACAAAAAAAGGCAUUUUGACUUUGUAUUAGCAUGUUUCAUGUGUUUGAUAAACAGGGAAAUGUUUAGGGAUGAAUCAUGGGCUUGUACUAUUGUACUAAUAUAUUUUUAUAAUGAGUAAUUCAGUGAUUAGGAAUUUGAGUUGGUCUCUAGUAAUUCGUAUAUAACAAUAAUAACAUAAAAUACAAGUUUAUUCUUUGGAGGUUGAAUACAUGUAGUUGCUUGUUGGUAUUUUUCUUGACUGGCAAACUGUGACAAGAGUGUAGACUUAUUUAAUCAAAAGCCUUGUCCUGUUUCCCAUCAUUGUCAUCUGAACAACCAUGUAUUAAUUAGUUGGUAAUUGUCAUCAUCUGGAUUCCAGAGUUCAUUUAACCACAUGCCCCCCCCCCCUCUUUUUUUGUGGGAAUCUUGAAAUUUGUGCUCAUUUUGAUCUUAUGCUACAAUUUUAAAUAAUGUACUGCAUGACCUUAGUUUUUGAAUGAAGGGUUUACGACUUUACGGGUCUGAACUUGUAUCCUUGAGGUUAAUUAUUCUACAUAUAGUUACAUUCCCAGGUUAACACGGUCUUAUUAUUGCUUUAUAAACUUUCCCUUCAUGUUGGUGGUUUAGGACACCACAAUAAGACAACACUAACCUCUGUUUUCAAUGUUCUGGUUUGUGGGGCAAUGUGCCUAUUUAGCGAAGCUUUGGUGCUAUAUUGUUCUAGACCUAGUAGUGUAUUCGUUUGAUGAAGUCCUUACUCCUGGUAAAUGUGCUGAUGAACUAAUAUGCUAGUUAGUCUUCAUCAAAUGUAGUCACAGUUAUGGUUUUUAUUAAUAUAACGUCAAUUUUUCCUAGAUUGCUAUUUGAUUGCUGAUUUUAGAUUCAUCUUUUAUAUAUGUGGAGGGUAGAAUUUUCUAAGAGUAUAUAUAUUUGUUUAUGCUUCGUUGGCUUGCCUUAUGUAGCUGAUGAUUGAUGCUGCAGAUCUCACGAGCUGUCACACAGAUAUCAUAUUCUCAAGCGUUUAGAAGUUUGCUUUUUAGAAUGCAAAAAAUGGAAAAUUAUUAGUCAUUCAAUGAUAUGUGCUGCAGAUCUCACAACGUCACAAACUUUAUCAAAUGUGUCAUAAUACAUCCACUUGUCAUGUAUAUUGUGCAACUAAUUGAAGCUUAGCUUCUAACAACCCCAGUAUUGAUUAAACAAAUAAAGUAAUCAAUAAUUGUCUAUGAUUGUGUUGGUUGAGUUCUGUUUGUUUUAAUGUUGAGCAAUCAGUAUGAAGCAGUGAUUUAUACUUUGUAUGUAAUUUGUGGAUUCAUGCUGUAUUUAUUUGAUGAUGUUGACUAUUAGUAUUGUCAUUUUUGAGUUUCCUUGACAUCUACAAUAAUAUUGGAAAAAAAAAAAAUAACAUU